UUUUGCGUGCGACCCGGCGUUCGGCGUACAAGUCGCGUUAAAGAGCGAGCGAGUGCGAGCUAUCGGUCUGGGUUAUCGUCGGUGGUUAUCGGAAGGACCGAUAUCGGCGAGAGUGUCCGGCCUGGCGAGCGCGUGCACUAGAGGAUCCCAGAGGACCCGAGGGACCAGGAGAAAGACCGGAGUCGGCGUCGAGUUGAAUUGCAUUACACACAUCAGGAGAAAUGUGGACCUAUCUUGUCCUUUUAGCCGUCAUUUUGGCUAUAUUACACGCAUUAUAUCAAAAAAAUUACUUCAGAAUCAUCAAAUUUAUUUUCACUCUCGAUGGGCCAAAAACGGUGCCCAUUCUUGGCAACGCAGACAUCGUUAUUAAAGGAAAUCUAUUGGAAAGAAUAGCAGACGAGCAUCAGAAUUAUGGUCGCAUCAUUCGCAUUUGGCUGACGUUUGUGCCACACGUUGUGCUUAUCGAGCCGGAGGAUAUCAAAAUACUAUUGCAAAACGAGAAACACAUAGCAAAGGCAUCUUUUUACAAGCUAGUCGACGAUUUUCUGGGCAAGGGUCUCAUUACUCAAGAUGUCGAUAAAUGGACGGUACAUCGGAAAAUCUUACAAUUGGCCUUCAAGCCCCGUAUGUUACAAAAAUUUAUUGAAACGUUUGGCGAGUGCGCUGAUCGCCUAGUCGACAAGUUGCUCGAAAAAGAUGGGGAAGAUAUAAACAUCACUACAUUUGUUAACAACUCGGUCUACGAUAUAGUGAAAGAAACGAUUUUGGGCAUCCCGGCAAGCCAAACAUACAAUGACGAAGAGGAUAAAUUUAGAAAGAACCAGUUUAUGAUAACGUAUAGAUAUGCGCGUCCAUGGUUGUUAAUCAAUUGGAUUUACCGAUUGACAGCAGCUAGCAGAUCAGAGAAACAACACCAUAAUGAAUUAAUAGACUUUUGUUCUAAAAAAAUGGAGGAAAUGCACAGAUCUUCACAAAAAAACAAUUUCUUCAAUGACCCAAGAACUGGAAAAACAUCUUUGCUUGAGUUCAUGAUUGACUACAUGAUCAACAUGAACGACCCGCCAAUCACUAAACAAGAAGCUAUCGAAGAAUGUUGCACCUUUAUGUUGGCCGGCCAGGAAUCAGUAGCUACAGCCACUGCAAUUACUCUUUUUUAUUUGGCAAGAAAUCUGAAAUGGCAAAAAAAAUGUAUCGAGGAAUUAAAUGAGAUCUUUGGUGAAGACAGAAGAUUACCAACUAUAGAAGAUCUGACCAAGAUGAAAAAUUUAAAAAUGUUCAUUAAGGAGUCUUUAAGAUUAUAUCCUACCGUACCUUUGUUUGCGAGGACACUCGGGGAGGAUAUGACAGUAGGAGAACAUGUAAUACCGGCCGGUUGCAAUGUAAUUAUAAUGCCAUAUUGUACGCAUCGAUUACCUCAUCAUUUUCCUGAUCCUCACGAUUUCAAACCAGAGCGAUUUAGCCUUGAAAACUCCAAAGAAAGGCAUCCAUUUGCCUACAUACCAUUCAGCGCUGGACGUCGCAACUGUAUUGGAUACAAAUUUGCCAUGCUCCAAAUGCAAUCGACCAUCAGCGCUAUUCUAAGGAAGAGUCAAUUAGAACCGGUUCUUGGCAAGGAAAACUUUUUAGCUAAAUAUCGCGUAACGAUUAGAGCACAUGGCGGACUUUGGAUCAGAAUAAAAGCGAAUGAUAAAUACAAACCAAAGCAAUCCUACACAUCAGGGACAGACUUUUGAUUUUUCUGAGUGUGGAGUACCUCAUUAAAGCGAAGGGGGGGGGAGGUGGGAAUGUAGUUAGUUUCAAUAAUAUCGCUUUUGUUAUAGGGUGUCAGAUGAAGUUCUCCCAUGAGUCACGUGGGUUGAUAGAGCAAAUUAAAUUGAGCAAAAAAGUUCUGGAGUAUUUUUCAAUAUUCGCAAUAAUUACCGAGAUAAAAAUUACUGAAGUCGGCGAAAGAGCGCGUACUUUCCCUACCCACCGCACGCAGGGACCACUCGUCGAUACGCGUUUAUUCGCCAAUUUUAUUAAUUUUUAUCUCGGGAAACUAUUGCGAAUAUUGAAAAAUGGUACAGGACCGUUCUGUUCAGUUUGCUUUAUCAACCCCUGAGACCACAGGCGAACCCCUGAGACCAUAGGCAGCGAGUACCAUUGUCGGAUGACUUUGUUUAACCUAAAUCAAAACUUUCUAAACCUUUGUAGAAUACUUUUAAGCGUCAAAUGUUCAAACGUUAAACGUAACAAAGAAAAGAUGUCACUCCUGUUAAUCUCUGCCGACUGCAAGUCGCGACAGUCACGAUAAAAGUUCUAAGAAGCACGCCUCUGGCGAUCGGACGUCCGUGAGAAACUAUGGCUCGCCGUUUGGCUUCACACGCAUUAUAUUACUCGACAAUGUGUAUUAGAAUUAAGAAAUAACUUCUAGCCUUUUUUUUGUUGAUUUAAAAGUUCUUAGAUCGCAUUUUCUUUUGUGCAUGUGUUACUUCUUAAUUAGAUAUAAGAGCGUUGGGGAAAAUCUACACCUACAUUUUAUAAUUAACUUCACAACCCUUUGUUCGUACUGACAAUUAUUCAAUUCUUUUAAAUCUUGUUCUCUAGAAAUCCGUUACCAUUUUGUAUCCAGCUCGUUAUACGCCCGACCCUGUCAGUCGCGACUCCUAAAUCAUAUAUCUGUUCAUUUCUCUUUCAACUCCCCCUGCGUGCGUUAAUUACUAUUGUAAGACAUAUUGCUAUUUGCGCUAAUUCUAAAUUGCGUUAAUUUUAAGUUGCGUAAAUUUUAACCUGCGAUUAAUUAAUAAGUUGCGUUAAGGAACGAAGGAAGACUUUCCGAGCGUUAGAGUGCGAUAAGCCGUGCGCAGAACGCCGGUCAGCUGCGCCACGGCACGUCUUACAUCGCGCGCACGGCGGAGUGAUACAGCGCCCUUAUGCCCAAGAGCGGCAUACGUACCUUUCUUCUAUUCGGAUUCAUUCAUUUUUUGUCCGUAAUUCAUUAAAUCCGGUCGUCAUCAUCCGACAACAUUUUAAUACGCGUGUUAACUUUUCUUUUCAAUCGAGUUAUUCAAUUCUUAUACAAUAAGUUUCAAAUUUAGAAACACGUAUCUCUUUCUUUAUUUUUGUUAUAAGCUCCUCGCGAUAUUCAGCCGGAUCAAGCAUCGAUUUCAUUGUUAAUUUCAAUAUCGAGAAUAAAAUAUUAAUCUCAGUGAACCACCGAGAAAAAUCUGGCCCAAUCACCGACGACGCCGACCAGCGGAGGCCGACCUAUCCUCCAGGCUACAAGGCUUCUUUCCUUCUGUCUAUCCAACGACCAUAACAAUAAUAGUGUAGCGUAAACAGUUCGACACAAUGUUGUCUCGUUAAAAUUCGUAACAUUGGUCUUGCAUAGGCGAAUCCGUUUCCUAUGCACGUGUUUAUAUGUCGCCAAGCAACGACGCGUUCGGCUCAUUGGCCCGUCGCGAAUGGGCGCGAGCCGUGUAUUACUGCGCGCGGAAUAGAAAGAGAAGGCGAGACAAGACGGGCAGAUUCGUGUAAGCCGUGGCCGAGCUCACAAGGAAAGCGAGCGAGUUUUUCUGUGCGACCUUUGUACCGGUGAAGAGUGAUUAAAAUACAUACGUACAAA